UGAAUGGAACCGAUUUCACUGCUCUUGAUUUACAGCUGUUUCCCCCGUCUUGCGAUUUCCAGUUGACUUUAGAACCUCCUGUGACGCGCGGCUCGUUUGCGCGACCUGACAUCUUAAUUCACAAAUAGCCCUCAUUCACAUCUCUCUGACGUUCACCGACCCUCUGACGAAACCUGCUCUUAUAAGAUUCACAGUAAGUUUGGCUCACUCUGAAAUGUGCGGUACCGCUCCUCUCCUGAGGCGACAGUUGGGCUCUUUUCGCACUCUUGGUGGCAGUUGAGCGGCUGAUUCACAAAGGUCUCUUUUCCUUAGGUCUCAAUGCAUUUCGGUUCUUUAGAAAUACAACGACUUUAGCAGAGAGAAGAUGAACAUCCAUGUGGAGGGGUUGGUGGCGAUUGUCAUCUUCUACCUGCUGAUCCUUGUAGUGGGAAUCUGGGCAGCAUGGAAAAACAAGAAUUCUGGCGUGAUGGAGGGAACUGAUCGCAGUGAGAUUAUUAUGGUCGGCGGAAGGGAUAUUGGAUUAUUUGUCGGUGCAUUUACCAUGACUGCAACUUGGGUCGGAGGUGGUUAUAUCAACGGCACUGCAGAGAAUGUUUAUCUUCCCGGGUACGGCUUGGCAUGGGCACAGGCUCCCUUUGGAUACGCACUCAGCCUUGUCUUGGGUGGCCUUUUCUUUGCUAAACCCAUGCGCUCGCGGGGUUACGUCACCAUGCUUGACCCCUUCCAGCAACUGUAUGGAAAAAGGAUGGGCGGUCUGCUAUUCAUCCCUGCUCUAAUGGGGGAAAUGUUCUGGUCAGGCGCCAUCUUAUCUGCCCUUGGGGCCACACUAAGUGUGAUCAUUGACAUCGACAUCAAUAUGUCUGUGAUUAUUUCGGCUCUUAUUGCCAUUUUCUACACGCUGGUUGGAGGACUCUACUCAGUGGCCUACACUGAUGUUGUCCAGCUCUUCUGCAUUUUUUUAGGACUGUGGGUGAGCGUCCCUUUUGCACUCUCAAACCCAGCUGUGUCUGACAUCGGAGUGACAGCAGUGAAGCAGCUCCAUGCUAAUCAGACUGCAUGGCUCGGGAAGAUAGACAGCGCUGACAAAUGGAUGUGGGCUGACAACUUCUGCCUCCUGAUGUUGGGGGGGAUUCCCUGGCAGGUGUAUUUUCAAAGGGUUCUUUCUGCCUCUUCAGCUACCUAUGCUCAAGUCCUCUCAUUCCUGGCUGCCUUUGGAUGUAUCAUCAUGGCUAUUCCCUCCGUCCUGAUCGGAGCUAUAGGGGCUUCCACAGAUUGGAACCAAACAUCCUACGGGCCAAUUCCUCCCAUGCAGAAGGACCAGUCCGACAUGAUCUUACCGAUCGUGCUACAGCACCUGUGCCCAGCCUAUAUCUCCUUUUUUGGUCUGGGGGCAGUUUCUGCCGCAGUGAUGUCAUCCGCUGACUCAUCCAUCUUAUCAGCCAGCUCCAUGUUCGCAAGGAACAUCUACCAGCUCGCAUUCCGGCAAUCGGCUUCCGACCGUGAGAUCGUGUGGGUCAUGCGGAUCACUAUUUUUGUGUUCGGGGCUCUAGCGACGGCCAUGGCUCUCCUGUCUGGGACUGUCUACGGUUUAUGGUACCUGAGCUCUGACCUGGUGUACGUCAUCAUCUUCCCCCAACUCAUCUGUGUUCUUUUUGUCCGUGGCACAAACACCUAUGGCGCGGUGGCUGGAUACGUCUUUGGAAUGAUCCUGCGCAUUGGCGGAGGGGAACCUUAUCUCAAACUGCCUCCGUUCAUCUACUACCCCGGAUGGACCAUUGAGGAGAAGGUCCAUCAUGUGACCAAUGAGGUGGAAUACCUGGUGUUGCAAAGGUUUCCCUUUAAGACAGUUUCCAUGCUGGCCUCGUUCCUAAGCAACGUGGUCGUCUCACACCUGUUUAAGUUCCUGUUUGAGAAUGGCACGUUGUCAGCUAAAUAUGAUUUCUUGGAUGCAGUGGUGGCCAAGCACAGUGCUGAAAUAAUGGACAAGACCACAUUGGUGAACAGGAACAUCAUUGGACUGAAUGAAAUGGCCCCAGUCAAGCCAAGACUUAGUGUUACUUUAGCUGCUACCUUCGCCAGGAAAGAAACCCUGACUGAAGAGGAAGACUCCAGCCCAGAGUCACCAAGUCAUGAGAACGAGUAAAGGUUUUAUGGUCGAUCCUGAGACGCUCCAUAAUGUGAAGGACUGCUUCACACAAUAAGUAAAGAAAUAUCAGAUUCGAAUUACAUAAUUAAUUCACUUCACAUCAUUUUCAAUUUUCUGGAAUUGCCAUCACUUCUUUCAGAAGGGAAUUGAAUAGCAACUGAAAAUGCGAAAAGAGAGGAGAAAACAGCAGAGAUUCAUGUGGUGUGAGUAAUAUUAGGAAAAAUUUGACUCGAUGGUUUUACUUACCCUGAGAAGCUCUCCGACUCCUGUUGGUAUGUACAAACCUGAGUGACUCUCCUUUUCCCUUUAAAAGAAAAUGUUGAGAUACUGUGAUAAUCCUGGGGAACUCAAAAUAUUAAAAGGAACUGUUCACCCAAUAAUGUUCUGUCAUCAUUUUCUCAGUGUCGCUGUAAGCGUACAGACUUUAUUUCUUAUGUGGAACACAGACAAAUGGCUCAGUGGUCAUACAAUUAAAGUCAGUGGGCUGUUUUUGUCCCUAUUUGGGGGUGGGGGAUGGUGUUCCAGUAUUGAAAGUGAAAAAAUGAUGACAACAUUUUAAUUUUUGCUAGAAAUAUUCCUUUAAUUCCAGUGAGACUGGACACAGAUCAGUCCAGAUAAAAAAAAUCAAAAUAAAUGUAACAGUGAUUAUAAUAUUUCAAAUUAUAGCUAUAUACGAGUAAAUAAUAGGUGUAUAAGUCCAUGUUUCAUGCCAUUAUGUACGUCAAACUCCCAUUCUAGAUAUUAGCGCAGAUUAUCCUAUCGUCCUAUCAUAAAUGUAGCUAAACAGUUAUAAUGCUGUUCCAUAAGUACAAAAUUAUAUAACAAGUGGUGUGCUUCCCAUCUACAAAAUACCUUUAACAACUGUGACGUGCACAUAUGGCAAAUGUCUUUUUCAUGUUCAUAAUGCAAUAUUAAGAUAAACAAGGAACAUGGAAAUAUGUAUAUAAUAUAAUCUUUCAAUCGCCUUAACUAUGGAUUAAAUGGAGGUAAUUGGACAUUAUGCAAAGCCGGUUCGUCACUUUGUUGUACUUGAAAAUGAAUGUAGCUGCAAAUGAUUUACCAGAUGUAAUAAUAACCUCCGAGGUCUGUGCUGUGUUAUAUUUUGUGAUUUGAUGUCAAAAGAAGUCGUUGUACCUGGUUCCAGGAUGAGCCAGCUGCUGUGUUAUUUUGUUGGCUUUAGCAAUACAGAAAUUUGUGUGAUGUGUGUAUUUAUAUUCCAAUGAAUAUAACUGUCCAGUAUUCCACAGAUGUAAAGUAUCACUUUACUGUUCUAUAUACAAAUAUAUAUAUAUAUUAUUUAUUUAUUUGAAUUGGUCGGAGCCAGCUUCACAAAUCUAUAUUUAUUUAUUUAUUAAUUGUGGCCUAGAUUAAACAUAGGAUUAUUAAAAGACAAUAAAUUGUAUUGUUAAGACUUUCA